GGAAAAAUGGCGGCAGUGCUGCAACAAAUAUUAGAGCGCGCCGAGAUAUCUAAACUUCCCAAGGCCGUUCAGAGUAAACUGGAGAAAUAUUUAACGGAUCAGCAAAGUGAGAUCGAUUAUCUGAAAGCCCACCAUGAGCAGCUCCGGGUGGACAGCGAACAACAGUACUUCGAUUUGGAGAAGCGGUGCGCACAAAGCCGAGACCAAUGUGUGUCAGUAACGAAAGAACAUCAUAAACUCCAGGAGGAGUUUGCGAAGCUCGAUGAGGAGCUCAGGUGUCUGCGCGAGAAGGCCAAGGAGCACGAGGCGUCCCGCGCGAAGUUGGAGGCGCAGCAGAAUCAGCUCUCUAAAGCCAAGGAUGAGCUGGAGGCCGAGAAGAGAGAGCUCGUGCGUACGCUGGAGAGAAGGUCUCAGGAGGUGGAGAACCAGAGUGAGGACUUGAAACAACUUAACGACAGACUAGCAGAGGUGAACGCUGCAAGAAUGCAGCUACAGUUGAAGCUGGAGGAGUCUGAGGCAUCUGAGGUCUCCAUCAAGUACAAAGAGCGACGCAUGGACCAGGAGAGGGAGUUGCUGCAGGGUCAGGUGACCUGGCUGAGCGAUGAGCUGAAGACCAAGCGUGAGGAUCUGCUCACGCUCUCCCGCCAGAAGGGCAGCGAGGUCCUGGAGCUGAAGUGCAGUCUGAGCACCAAAGAGGACGAGGUUGCCCGGUUACAGGACCAUGUGGCCAGUCUGAAGUCCUCCAGUGAGAACCUUCAGAAGCAGACUGAGGACAUGAUUGGCAAGCUAAAAGAGGCCAAGGAGCAGCAAGCCAGUUUGGAAGAGAAGUUCAGGAAUGAGCUGAAUGCCAACAUCAAGCUGUCCAACCUCUACAAGGGCGCUGCGGCCGACGCGGAGGCUAAGAGUGAGGAGCUGAGACAGGCCAUGGAGGAGCUGCACAAACUCCUUAAGGAGGCGGGAGAAGCCCACAGAGCCCUGGAGGAGAAGAUGUGUGAGCUGGAGACCAAUAAGCAGAGGGAAGUCAGCGAGCUGAACGAGCGAGUCAGCAGCCUGGAGGCGGAGCUCGACACAGCCAACCAACUGCUGUCGGACAUGGGUCCCGCGUCCACGUCGGUGGUGGAGGAGCAGUUGACCACCAUGUCUCCCACAGCCGUGGCUGUGGUCAAGAUGAAGCCAGACAUGAAGAUCACAGAGCUCUACGCCGUGUCCGUGGAGUUGCAGAAGCAGCUCCAGCUCGAGAGGGUGGAGAACAAACGUGUGAACAAGUGCCUGGACGAGGUGGUGCGGGAGGUGGAGGCCAAGGCCCCUAUGCUGAAGAGGCAGAGGGAGGAGCUGGAGCGCGCCCAGAAGUCUGUGGCCAGCCUGUCAGCCCGGCUGGAGCAGGCCAUGCAGGAGGUGCAGCGCUUGCAGAGGGAAACGGACGAGGCCAACAAGCGCUGGAGUGUUGUGGAGCGAGAGAAGCAGAGGGUGGAGCUGCAGUUGGCCGACCUGGCUCAGCAGGUGCGGGUCCUGCUGAUUGAGUUGGAGGAGGCGCGUGGGAACCACGUCCUGCGUGAGGACGAUGAUGUGAGCUCGGCAGACGUGAGCAGCUCCUCUCAGGUGAUCUCCCAGCACCUGGUCACCUUCCGCAGUGUGGAGGAGCUGCAGCAGCAAAACCAGCGCCUCCUAGUGACGCUGCGCGAGCUGGGCCAGCAGCAGGAGCAGGGCGAGCUAGAGGCGCAGGACAGCAGGUGUAGUCAGCUCCACGGCAGUCUGGAGAAGGCCCAGUGUGAGCUGGCCCAGCUGAGACAGCAGCGUGUCCACCACAUGCAGCUGGUCGAGUCCAUCGUGCGCCAGAGAGACGCGUACCGUAUCCAACUGGCCCAGGCAACCGGAGCUCCACAAGGUUCUACUCCGGAGGAGUUUUCCCUCACCUCCACCCCCCGCCGCUCCCCUGCAGUCACGCCCACCACCGCCACACCCACUGGGCUCGUCACCACGGCAACGGUGUCCACGGAGACCAUAGAGGCCAAGGCUGCCCUGAAGCAGCUCCAGGAGGUGUUUGUGACAUAUAAACAGGAGCGGGCAGACAGUGAGAAGGUUCUGAAUGAACACUGUGAGAAGCUGCAGGCACAGGUGUCAGAGCUGCGCUCCCAGAACACCAGGAUCUCCACACAGCUGGAGUUUGCCUCCAAACGGUACGAGAUGCUACAGGAUAACGUGGAGGGUUACCGUAAAGAGAUCUCCUCUCUGAGGGAGAAGGUCCAGAAGCAAGCCACUGCUGGACACCAGAGUGAGAAGACCAUCCACACCCUCACAGAAGACCUGCGUGCUGCCACCGACAAGCUCACCAUGGCUGAAUCCCGUGCGGAGGCCCUGCAGAAGGAGCGGGACCUGCUGAAGCUGUCCGACUGCAGGCUGACCCAGGAGAGAGAGUCUCUCCAAACCCAGCAGCGCAGCCAGAACCUCCUGCUCACCAACCUCAAGGCCAUCCAGGCCACCCUUGAGCGCUCAGAGACAGAGACGCGCCAGCGGCUGACGGCACAGGUGGAGAAGCAGGAGAGAGAGAUCACCCUGCUGCAGAAGAGGGUGGAGCACGAGGUGGAGCAGAGACACAUCCAGGGCCGCAAUCAGGACAUGCAGCUGAUGGAUGUUAAGAAGCAGCUGGAGACUCAGUGUGCACUACACCAGAGGGCCAGAGACCAGCUGCUGGUCACCCAACAGGAGCUCUCUGCCCUCCAGGAGGAGCUGAGCCGCAGGGAGGGGGGCGUGGCCACGCCUGCCACACCCCCCGGCCUCGCAGGGCAGCGGGGUGGAGAGGUGGAGGCACUGAGAACCCGUCUGAAGCAGGCGGAGGGCAGGGCGGAGGAGCAGGCUGAGAGGCUGAAGAGUGCCACAGCCUCCGUGGAGCAGUACAGAGCCAUGUGUGUGAGUCUGGAGGAGGCUCUGGACAAGGAGAAACAGGUGACCGAGCAGGUGAGGUCCUCCGUGGAGAAGCAGGUGACCGAGGCGCAGGAACGGCAGCGAGAUCUGGAACAGAAGCUUCUAGAAGCUGAAAAGCAGAAGCAGGAAAUCCAGGAAGAGAAGCAGAAGGCUUUAGCAGCUAUGGAGGAGCAGGUGAGCGAGCUCCGGAGCAGCGUGAGCCGUCUGCAGGCUGAGCUCCAGGACGCCCAGCAGAGGGCGACGGUGUGCUCGGCCCAGGAGCAGCAAUCCCUGCUGGACAGGCAAGAGCAGGCACGGCUGGCCGCCGAGGCCCAGGACAAGUAUGAGCGAGAGAUGGUGCUCCACGCGGCCGACGUGGAGGCGCUGCAGACGGCCAAGGCCCAGGCCCUCCAGGCUGCGCAGCUCCGCCAGCAGCUGGAGGACAGGCUGCAGAGGGUGGGCGCACAGCUACUGGAGGCCCGCAUCUCCUGGGAGGAGCAGGAGAGGCUCCUGAAGGACGAGCGGACCAAGAUAGAGUCGCGCUGUGAAGACUUGCAGAGGCAGAAUGAUCUUCUCCACGACCAGCUCCAGACUCUUAGUGGCAGCAUGGCAUCACAGCUCCAGCAGGCCGUCCCGCAGAGCUCACUCAACACCUCUCUGUCCGAGGAGGGCAGGUCUCAAGAGCAGAUCCUCGAGGUCCUCCAGUUUGUACGUCGGGAGAAGGAGAUAGCAGAGUCUCGUUUCGAGGUGGCUCAGAGCGAGAGUCUGAGACACAGACUACGUGUGGAACACCUGGAGAGGGAGCUAAAGGAGCUACAGGACACACUCAGCGCAGAGAGGGAGAGGACACAGGUAACCUCCAGGACCUUGGCCCAGCACGACGAGCUGAUGAAGAAGACGGAGACCAUGAACGUGCUGGUGGAGACCAACAAGGAGCUGCGAGACGAGAAGCAGAAACUGGAACAGGAACUCCAGCAAACUCAAGCCAAGGUACACAAGCUGGAGUCGGACAUCUUGCCCAUGCAGGAGUCGAACGCGGAGCUGAGCGAGAAGAGCGGAAUGCUUCAGGCUGAGAAGAAACUUCUGGAAGAGGACCUGAAGCGUUGGAAAGCCCGCACGCAGCACCUGGUGAGUCAACAGAAGGACACGGACCCCGAGGAGUACAAGCGUCUGAGCUCUGAGAAGGAGGCUAACCUGAAACGGAUACAGCAGCUGAGCGAGGAGGCCGGCCGGCUGAAGGCGGAGACGGCCCGGAGCGGCCAGGCAGUCACAACGCUCCAGUCUCAGGUGCAGAACCUGCGCGGGGACCUUGGCAAGGCCACCGCCGAAAGGGACCUCCUGAAGAAGGAGCUGGAAGCCAAGACCCAGAACAUCCAGGAGAAGGUGAAGACCAUCAUGCAGGUCAAGAAGAUCGGUCGCCGCUACAAGACCCAGUACGAGGAGCUCCGGGUGGAGCACAGCAAGAUGCUGGCUGCCGCGGCAACACCUGUCCAGGACCAGGAGGCUCAACAGACCGCAGCUAAUGAGCUCCAGGGUCUCCGAGAAUCCCUCAGCCAAUCAGAGACGAAGAUCAGGGAGCUGGAGGCCCAGCUGGAGGCGCUCAACAGAGUGGUCGGGGAGCGCGAGGCUGAGAAUCGCACCCUGCAGGAGCAGGCGUCCCGCCUGCAGGGGGAACUAGCGCACAUGCGCCAGGAGCUGCAGGAGAAAUGUGGCCAGGAGGAGCGUCUCCGUCAGCAGCUGGCUGAGAAAGAGGAGAGGACCAGGAAGGCCAUCAUGGGGGCCAAACAGAAGAUCAACCAGCUCGUGGACGUGAAGGCCCAGUUGGUGAAGGAGAAGGAGGAGCUGAGGCAGCAGCGGGAGGAGCUGGAGGUGCGCGUGAACGCGCUGCGCUCCCAGUACGAGGGACGUCUCAGCCGCCAGGAGAAGGAGCUGCGAGACCUGCGUGAGCAACAGGAGAGACAUGGGGAGCAGAGAGAUGAGACCACUGAGCAGGGUGCUAGCAAGACCCAGGACCAGCAGAGAGGUGCAGAACAGCGGCAGAUCUCGCUGAAGCCGACACCAGCCGCAGAACGAGGAAGCGCAAGCUCCUCGGAGCCUCCCACGGCCAACAUAAAGCCCACGCCCCUGGCAGCUACCCCCAGCAAGCCUCCCGCCACCCCAGGAAACAAGCCCACGCCACGGGCCAGCAUCAAGCCCAUGAUCACCCCAGCCCCUGUGCCCACGCCCACCCCCACCGCCACGGUCAUGCCCACCACCCAGCUGGAGACACAGGACUCCCUGGGGUCGGGGGAGGGGGCCGUGGACCAUGUGCGCUCAGUGCGCUCCACCAGCCCCAACGUUCAGACCACCCUGACAGCGCAGCCUGUGCUGGGCCUGCAGCAGAGCCAGACCACUGCCUUCGUCCAGCCCACCCAGCAGCAGAGCCAGCCCCCUGCUGCCGAGCCAACCACUCAGGAGCCCCCACCGCCCGUCACGGCUGCCGCGGCGGUCAUGAUGGAGGCCACGCCCAGCACCUCGCAGGUGGAGAGACCCUCCACGUCCACCGCAGUGUUUGGAACAGUGUCGGCCACGUCUGGCAGCGCUUUGAGCAAGAGGCCACGGGAGGAGGAGCCAGAGAGCCUGGGUCUGGAGGCGGAGCUUCAGGAGGAGCCCAGUGAGCCCCCCAUCUCCAAGAAGCUGCGUGUGCAGAGACUGGGCCUGGAGGAGGAGAUUCUUGCUGAAGACAGCGCUGAGGCUGAGAGCCUAGUUCCAUUAGAGAGUCAGGACACCCCCGACAUAGCUGAAGAGCUGGAGAACUACCCCAGUCUCGAGGAGGUGGACGUGGAGCCCACAGUCACCAGGUCCAUCCCUGUGGAGCUGCUCCUGACUCAGAGGCCCAUAGCGGCACACAGCCAGGAGGAGCCUGGCGAGAAGGUCAUCGUCAUCAUCACUGACUCAGAAAGCGAGGAAGAGCAGGAGGAGACAGAUGAGGAGGAGCAGGACUAUGAGGAGGAGGAGGAUGAAGAAGAAGAAGAAGAAGGAGAGGAUGAGGAAGAGGAGGAGGAGGAUGAUGAUGAUGAAGGAGGAAUCGGGGAUGAAGGAGAGGAGAGCAACGAGGGAAGCGGCAGUGGAGAUCCCAACGAGGGCUAUGAGGGAGACGACCAGGAGGGUCCUGAGGCUACAGACCCAGGCACUGAGAGGGAGGAGAGUUUGGGGACAGUGGACGCCGCCCAGCGUGUGGCCGACUCGCAGACGUCCAGCUUGGAGUCCAGCACACUGGAGUCCUUCUCCCCGGAGCCGCCCAUUACCAGCUCUGCUCCUCGCCCCCUGCCAUCACCACGGAGACUGCAACACCCGCUUCCCCCUCGACUCAACAUCCUGGCCCCGCCCACACAGGAACUGGGUCCACCUGUUCAAGUCCAGCGCGUCCCUGUCCGACGCCAGCUGACUCCAGGGCCAGCCAGCAGCGCACUCUUCUCUGAAGAGGACGACCGUAUGGUUCCCAGUACACCCACGUUGGUCGUGCCGCUCCGCUCAGACGGAUUCUCAGACGCCAUCCACUCUCCACAGGUAGCCGGGGUGCCGCGAUUUGGCUUUGGCCUCCCUGACGAGCUCCCUCAGACCAGCUCCUCUCACUCGGACCUUGGUCAGCUGGCAUCCCAAGGAGGGCUGGGUCUGUACGACAGCCCCCUGUUCCUGCCCGGCGCAGACGAGGAGUGUGAGGCCCGUAGCGUCCCCACCACCCCUCUCCAGUUGGCCGCGCCUGUUUUCUCCCCUGUCCAAUCAGUGACUGCGUUUUCGGAGACCCUCCCCUCAGAGGUGACAGAGCACGCCUCCCAGUCUGUGCCCAUGGUGAGCACAUCUACUCCUGGGCCCAGCGCCAGCGAGGAGCACAGUAACCUCCUGGAGCCAGGGGGCGAUGGAAGCAGUGCUGAGGCCACGCUGGAGCCUGUGUCCCAGACAGAAGCUGAGGAGCCAGCAAAGCCCUCUGAUGAAGCCAGUUUGCCCUCAACUAGCCAGGAACCCUCUUCAAGCUCCGCAGACACGAGUACCAGCCAGCCUGCCAAGGCCAGAGUGGCGUCGGGCAGACAGUGGACUCGGGCGCGCGCUGCCCGUGGCUUUAAGAGAGAUGGGUUAGGAGUUAUGGGGGUACGAGGGCGUUUUGCCCGGUAAAAAAAACUUGCCGCAGGUGUCGGUCAUUCCGGUCCCUACUGCAACACAAACUGGACGAAUACAGUUCCCAUCACAUCUCUGGUUCAGAUGCUUGAGUUGUUUAAUUAUAACCAUGUGUCCCUUUGUUUAAUGUUUUAUGGGCUGAUUUUAUGUGUGUAUAAUAAAGGCCUUCUCUGGUUAAAAUAAAAAA